GUCAUAACAAUGUAAGCUGCGUGCAUUUUGUUUUGAGCGUUGCCGAGGUGCAGACGCGCGAAUUUUCAAUUAACAAGCAAAUCAAAUAAACGCAGAAAAAUACGUUUUAUUUGAAGUCAUUUGCAUUUUAAACGAAGCCGCCAGAAUGGAAAGUGAAAACGCGCAUGCGCGACCUGUAUUAAGUGCAAAUGCAAGGAAUGCUCGCUAUUUAAGUAGAACUGUGUCAAAUAAACACUCAAUAAAGUGGAGCUCGUUCAAUAAUCGUUGGCUGCUGGCACUGCCAACAUUAUUGCGCUUGGCAUGCACUUUAUUGGCGCUAAAUAGCUGUUAUACGCACACACUGCCAUUGCUUGUGCAAGCUGCGCCCAGUCUCGCUGGGCAUAAUUCGGAUUUGCGCACAAAUGGCACGCAUAGCAUUGAACGCGCUUGGCCAGCUAAUCUGCAACACAUCGAUAUUUGGAGCGCAAUCGAGCUGUCGAGCACCGCAGCUGCGCAGGCGGCUGAGGAGCAGCCGGAAGUGCAGGCAUUGCAGACUAUUGAGAACUUUCAAUAUGCAGGUAUGGAUUUUGAUGCGUCUCACGAGCUCACAUCCGGUGGCCUUAACCGUACACAAGUGGAGCAGCAAGUAGAAAGCAAGCCAAAGCGUGUCGGCGAUACGAUUGAAAAACAUUUGGAAAGCAAAGACACACUGGACCUGCCAAGCAAACGCCAAAAUCGCGUGAUUCACUUGUUUCCUGUGCCUGUGGACGGCGAGUGUCUCUCCGAUGAUGGCCGCCGCAUCGGCAAUUGCUUCAACAUAUACGAAUGCCGCGCCAAAGGUGGAAUCGCGAAGGGUGAUUGUGCAAUGGGCUUUGGCGUAUGUUGCAUUAUCAUCGCCAGUUGCAACACAACCAUUAGCAGCAACGUCACAUAUUUGGUGUCGCCGCAAUUCCCCAGCUUUAUGCCGAGCAAUUAUAGCGCACCCUGUAACUACAAGAUCAAACUUAUGAGCAAUGAGGUUAGUCAGCUGCGUAUAGACUUCUAUCACUUUUCAAUGGGCCAACCGAAUCGACGAACUGGCGACUGCGACGGUGACGUGUUUGCAGUUAAUGGCGGUCCAAGUGGCGCGCUGUCUUUGUGUGGACAAAACAGUGGGCAGCACAUUUAUUAUGAAGUGGGUGGCGCUGCUGCUCCUCGACAAACUCUCUAUGGCAACCUGCGUCCACUCACCUUCAGUCAGCUCUAUCCGAAUAGCAGCGACGGUGCCAUGCCGAUUAUUGAGAUCGCCAUGAAUUUUACGCAACGCUUCCAACCUAUACGUCUCUGGGAGAUACGCAUUGCUCAAAUCCCCUUCAGUCAACGGGCGCCGGUCGGUUGUUUGCAGUACCACACGGGCACCGAUGGCAUCAUACAGACUUUCAAUUUCGCUGAGAACGGUCGUCACUUGGCUAACCAGAACUAUCGCAUCUGCAUGCGCCAGGAACAGUUUAUGUGUUCAAUUAUGUACCAGCCGUGUGAUGAGCAAUCAUUUCGCAUUGGCCCAGGCAGCGCUGCGGAACCAGGCAUGCUUAAUAUGGGUGCGCCAGCAUUAAUGAUGGAUCCUAUGUUAGCUGGUGUAAUGACCAGCAUGAUGGGUGGUGGAGGAGCAGCAACAGGCGCUGUAACUAACGACGAUCCAGCUAUGGAUGCCAUGCCUACAAUGCAGUCUACAGUACUUGCCGACGAUCCCAAUAUGUUGCAAAUGAUGGACGCUGCAACAACAAUAGCUGCAAUGAUGUCGAGCGCUGCAUCGUCAGAGGCCACCACAACUACUACCGCCGCGUUAAUGGAUGCCAGCACAACCGCGACGGACAGCAGCGCCGCCACUAUGCCAACAGAGGCGGCGAGUAGUAGCGCGGCACCACCAGGCAGUACAGAAGUUACAUCCGCCGCUCCAGCUGCAUCCGAAAUGCCUGCUGCUACAUCGGAAACACCGGCCAGCAGCAGUAGCGCCACUACAUUAGACACGCGUAGCAGCACCACUCCGGCUACGACUUCUUCUACAACGCUCAGUGAUGACAUUGCAGAUGAAGGCUCCGGUGGAGGUGAUACCGACUCGAUUGCUGGCGCCCCAACGCGUCGACCUGGACCUGUGCGUGGAGGCUUCGAUUUGUUCGGUUUCCUGCGCAGCGCAUUCGAUUUCCACAGCUUUCGACGCAAUAGCCGGCAGUUGGGUGAGAAGAGCCCAAACAGCAGAGGUAGUGUGAGACCAGUGACGAGCGCGCGUCAGCUAUAUUCGCGUUGUACAGAUCGGCUGACCAUGCCUUGUAUUGUUGAAGACUUCAUAGGCAUGGGUCCGCUGGGCUCAUCGACAUUGCCCGGUUGCGAACCGGUGCAUUGCGGCUCACAAUUCUGCUCCAGUGGCGUGUGGCCAUGUCGCAUCGAAUCAACCGUGACGCCCUUCUAUAUAGGCGUGCAUUUCGGCAGCGGUUUAGGCAAGGGUAGCGCGGAGGAUAACAUUGGCGCUUGUCUGCGCUAUCAGCAGGUGGAAUGCAUGUGAUGACGCCGUUAGAGGAGCAUUUUUUUGUAGAUAAAUUUUUAUUGUUUAUAACUGUGUGUUUGAGUGUGUAUUAUAUUGAAAUACGUGUAGUCAAU